AUAUCGGUUGAUUGUUUUGUCUGAACCCGUUGACAUAACCUUGUAGGUUCAACAUAGGCGGUAUGGACGUAUGGCCGGAGCAGGCUCAUCUCGCGGCGGUAUUUAAGAGUCGGGCGGCGACGGAGACGACACUUACCACACCACCUGUUGGCAGAGUAGGUAAGGCGCGACCGCGACACUCAACAUGAAGGUUACUUGGGUAUUUUUGCUCGCACUCGGAGUGGUUGCAGCUGAUAUUGGUAUCGGCUACCACUACAAAGUCCCCGAAACUUCGUACGGAGUUCCCUCAUACCAAUUAGGUGGAAACUCUGGCCAGUACAACACCGCUUACACCGGUAGCUCCUCUUCAAGCAUUGGCAGCCAAGCUCAGAGCGGAUACCAAUAUAACCAUGGACACCAGGCAAACACCGGCUACCAGCAGGCUAACACCGGCUACCAGCAGGCUAACACCGGUUACCAGCAGGCCAACACCGGUUACCAGCAGGCUAACAACGGAUACCAGGCUGAAAACCUUCAAUCAGCUAGCGGCUCCGGCUCGAGCUACUAUCAAAACUUAGGUGCUAACCAGGCUGCAUUAGGCACCGGAUUCCAAACUCAGUACCAGUCCUCCAGCCAGUACCAGUCUGCGCAGAAAUAUCAAAUCCAACAACAACCUGCUCAAAUCUUCAAACACUUUUACGUUCACGCCGCUCCCGAAGACCCUGAACCCCCCAGGCCCCGCGCACCCAUCGUGCUUCCUCCUCCCCAGAAACAUUACAAAAUCAUUUUCGUCAAAACGCCCAGCGAAGCCAGCUCUCAGCAAGUGAUCGCUCCCGUUCAGCCUCAGCACGAAGAAAAGACCAUUGUUUACGUUCUGGUUAAGAAACCCGAUGAACCCAAGGACUUGGUUCUCCCUAAGAUUGAGCAGAAGCCCCCAUCCAAACCAGAAGUAUACUUCAUCAAAUACAAGAACAAGGAAGACUCCCAGGCCGUGAUCAACAACAUUGUCCAGGACUACAACAAGGGCCAGUCCGUAGCACUCGCCGACUCGGGUUCCGAAAGCUCCUACGAAUCCGGCCAAGGUAACGUGCAAUACCAAACCCCUGCCGUGAGCCACGACUCCUCCUCAACUGGAUCGUUCGGAUCUCAGUCUUUCGGAGUGAGCGGUUCUUCUGCCAACUCCGGCUACAACCUGGGAGAGUCCAACAUUGCCAGCAGCAUCUCCGCCCCCCACACAGUCAGCAGCACGGCCUCAAGCACCGGUUACGAAGGAGCCAGCUCCAUCUCUACUAGUCAGGGUGUACCUCACGAAACCUACGGACCUCCUAAAUUCAGGGAAUCAUACUAAAUUAUGUAAAUAGCACUACGAUUACAAUUUAUUUACGUGUAUUAGAAAUGUUACGUUUAUGUAAUAGAUUUUAAUAAAUAAAUAAACUAUUUCCUAAUUCCACA